AUGUCUUCCGCUUUAAGCGGCGAUGCUCUAGCCGCCUCUCUGCGAUCUGUAGGCCUCCCUGUUAGCACUGCAUGGGUCUGUCGUUGGUUAGAGGAACGCAGCAGCAGCAACAGCAGCAGCAGCAGCAGCAGCAGCAGCAGCAGCAGCGGAAGUGGGGCCACCUUGCUCUCUUCUAGAGGAGAUCUAGAGGCUGCUUUAGCUGAAGCUUUUCUUCGUUCAGACUUGAGUGAGUCAGGGGAUCCUCAGCUUCCUACCUCUGUUUGCUCGUGGCACAAGCAGCAGUUAGUUGGGGUGUAUGUACUGGAGGUGGUUGCUGCAGUAAAUAUAAAUGAGCCUAAUAAAACCCGCUACAAGAUUAAUCAAGGGAAGCUUCGCUGUUUAAAGCUAGCUUUAACUGACGGCCGUGUUGUACUACCUGCUUUUGAAUACAGCCGAAUUAAUAUCCUAAGAGAAGACAGCUUAGGUUCCCGAGCAAAGAUUCUGGUGUACGGACAGCCAGAAGUGCGUAGGGGCCUCCUCUUCCUUCAAGAUAAACAUGUUCACCUACUUUGGGGGGGCAUACCGAUUCCAAGGGUGGGCGAGGCAGACGAGGAGGCAGACAAAGCUCUCGCGCUGCUGCAACAACAGCAUCAGCAGCGGCUACCCCCUCCCGGGCCUGUCCAGGGUGUUGAUGCUUCAUCCUCUCGUACUGCCCCCCACAACGCUGCUGCGUUCGGGGCUGUAGGGGGCCCCCCAGCUCAAACACCAGCAGCGACAACAGCUGCCGCUGGGGGCCCGCAGCAGCACCAGCAAGGACCCACCGUCACGCAUGGGUACGGGGGGCCCCCCAGCAUAGGACAGAAUGGAGGGCCCCAAAGUCGCGAGCAGGGGCCCCCAUCAUCCUCGUGGAGGGGCCCCCCGGCUGCUGGCCAGACAGCCUUCAACAGCGGGCAGGGGCCCCCACCAGAGCAGAUAGGGAGUUGUGGAGGAGCUGCAGAGGGGCCCCCGUCUCGCGCUUGGCCCGGAACAACACACACGUGGCAGGGGGCCCCCCCGUCUGGAGCUGCUCAGGGGCCCCUCAGUUGUUCGAGUAGUGUUGCUCACGAUGAAUCCUCUCUUCUCCUUGACUUAGAAGAUAUUGCAGACGCUUUCGGACAAGAACCUCCUGCGCAGCAGACUGCCCCUCCUCAGUGGAAGCCCGAGGAGCCCCCACCUCCACCCCAAGAAAGCCCCGUUGAAUGGCAGCAACAGGGGCCCUCUUGGGUACAGCAACAGGGGCCCCCUCAGGGGCCUCCGAAGUUGUCUCAUCAGCAGCAUCAACCCGGCUCUCAAACGACUAUUCAGUAUGAGUGCCAGGGGGCCCCCCAGCAGGUGUGCCGGCAGCUGCUCGAUCAGCUACCUUCUCCGGGUCCGCUUCAGUGGCCCCCAACUUCGCAAGAGAAGCCGCAGCAGGUUAUUUAUGAUGAUAGUCGUGCAGCGCUGGAGGGGGAGUCGGUUUCGGGAAGCGAGAGCAUCACGGGUGUCUGUACACCUCAGAGUGAAUCCUCAUCCUUAUGCCGAGAACCACAUGCUCCCGUGCAGGCCUCUGGUGUUACUGGGGCCUCUUUUGCUAAUCAAGGCAAGGGAAGUAGUGGGGCCCCCGAGGUAAGAGAGGCUCCUUUCUGGGUAUUUGGGGCAGUGAUUAAUGCAAGGGAACGAGGAGAGGCGGGUGCUGAAUGGGAUUUGCUAAUAACCGAUGGGAUGCGUGUGUUCGCCGCUGUGAGUGGGGCGGAGCUGGGCAAUGCAAUAAUUAAUGAAGUCCGGCACACGUCUUUGUUUCCUUCACUGUCGCCUGUGGAGAAGAUGCGAAGCGUUCAGGGUCAAUUCCUUGUGCAGAUUCAUCGAAACGUGAACGCUGAGCGCGGCAGAGUGCGCAUCAUCGCGUUUCGUGCAAACGCACCCCGCGGCGAAGUGGCUGAAAAGCUGAAGUACCUUCGUUCUCUCAUCGAAGAGAACAGGAAAUUAGAGUCUUAG